AUAAAAAGUGUAAAAAAUGGCUAUUGCUUACUUUAUACCAGAUCAAGCCAAAUUAUUGGCUGGCCAACGUCCCUCCAGAGCAGCCACCAACACCAAUUCCAGAGCUCCAAGCAACACUCAAGCUUCCUCUAGAUUACCGCAAAAUAACCAAGCAAAUGAAACUGCCCCUGUUAAUAACGCAGCUAAUAGAGGCUAUGGAACCACCAUUAAUAUAACAGUGCCUACUUUAAAUAAUACAACCCAAGAACCUCUGGGUUGUUGGGAUUUUUUGACACAAGUGUUUUGUCAUGCCUUGAGAUUUUACCAUGAAUCAUCGCAACUACAGCCGACGGUCAUACAAAUAUCGGUUAAUUUCAAUUCUCAAACGGCCACCACAACCACGGCAGACAACUCUACGGCAACCACAACAAACAGUGAAACUUUAGCGACGGCGGCACCAGCAACAACCUCAACUGAAGACCCCAAGCAAAGGAAAUUUUCCAAACGAAAAAAUUAAUUUAAUAUAAUGUUUAACAAAAUUUCUUUAAAAUUCUAAAACAACGAUAAAUUUCUUAAUUUUAAUGGUUUCUUGUAUAUCCCCAAUUGAAAAAAGGAAUUGUAUUG